AUGUCCCGCCAUCACCCCGACCUGGUAAUGUGCCGCAAGCAGUCCGGGAUCGCGAUCGGGCGGCUCUGCGACAAGUGCGACGGCAAGUGCCCCGUGUGCGACUCGUACGUGCGGCCGACGACGCUGGUGCGCAUCUGCGACGAGUGCAGCUUCGGCAACUACCAGAACAAGUGCGUCGUGUGCGGCGGCGAGGGCAUCUCGGACGCCUUCUACUGCUUCGAGUGCACCCGCCUCGAGAAGGACCGCGACGGGUGUCCCAAGAUUAUCAAUCUAGGUAGUUCGAGGACCGAUCUGUUCUACCAAAAGAAAACGAAUCGGACAGGGUUUUAG